ACAGAGGGAUCGUCAUCCGCCCCACCCACAACUGCUCCAGAUCCAGGCACGGCACGGCACGGCAGCCGGGCCAACCCAAGCCCGUCUUCUCUUCUCUCUCGUCCGUCCCUCACUCGCCGCGACGUGACAAGACAACGCGACGCGCGCGCAGCGCAUACGUCGUCCAAGGCACGCAGGGGCCAGCCAACCAAUCGCGUCCGUCCGGGUCUGGUGGUGGCCGGAAUGGGCCUCCUCGAUCAGCUCUGGGACGAGACGGUGGCCGGCCCGCGACCGGACUCCGGCCUCGGCAAGCUCCGCAAGUACUCCUCCUUCUCCCCCUCCUCCUCCUCGUCGUCGUCCAUCCUGGCUCCCGCGCCGGCGCCGGCGCCGGCGGUGACGCGCAGCAUCACCAUCGCCCGCCCGCCGUCGCUCUCCGUCGAGUCCUACAGCUCCUCCUCCGUCCCGUCCUCCCCGGCCAGCACGCCCGACUCGCCGCUCGCCGCAGCUACCCCGCCCAAGGCGGACGUCUGGAGGAGGUUCCGCCGGAAAACCAAGGUCUCCGACGGGCCGGAGCCGGCCGUCGGGCCCAGGAGCCCCACCGUCUACGACUGGGUGGUGAUCAGCUCGUUGGACCGCUGAGUUAGAACAGAUCAAUCGCCAAUAAGCAACAACCGAGCUAGCAGAGGGCAUGUUUGCGUUCUUCUGAAUGUUGUGCGCGUGUGUCUGUGGCAGCAUAAGUAGAGAGUAUGUCGAUGAUGAUGAUGACGACGACGAGGAUCAGUUCGCGGCGGGGAGGUUAGAAGUAGCCGGGCGCCGAUUUCCAUCCUAGUUUGGGCGUUUGGCCUAUAGCCGGCAGGCGCGUUCUCCAGUUCUUGGAUCAGGGGAAGAACUCCUGCCGGGCAGCUGCCUGCUUCGUUUUCUACGCACCCUCCUCCCCUCUGUAAUUAUCCCAAGCACCACCUCGUACUGGUAGUAGUAGCAGUGUUUUGUGUGUGUGUGAUGCUACGAUGUAGCUGUGCAUUUUCUUCUGCUCGCCUGGAAACCUUUUGCGUUCCAACUGCAGCGGUUGUGGAUGUGUUUGCCGCCAUGGCCCAGCAGUCUGGCUGCGCUCUCGGGCUGCAGCUCCCGUGUUUGUGUCGCCUGGCCUGCUUGGGAGUCUAGCUGUGCGUGUACAAAUUUAGCCUCUCAGCCUGGCUCCACAGGAACGAGAUCAGGGUCUGUUU